CGUAAAGCCGCUGCAAUGCAGGGACUAAAGUUGCUUGUCCUGCUUUCCAGUUUGUGGGGUGGCGUCUUUGGGCUUAACUACACCCAGCAUUCCUGGACCGCACCUGAGGAUGAAGAGUCCAUUCCGAUUCUGAACUCCACCUCAGCCUCUGUAAGUGAAGUACUGAGCCUCCAACUGCUCUCGGCCACUCAGAAUCCCUCAGCUAAGGCAGCUGAGGCUCCUGAGAGACCAUCUGAAGACUCUCUUCUACAGUCAACACCGCUGCCCUCUGAGACAAGCACCCAUCCUGAGGGGACGGGAAACCAAACGCCCACAGCCCUAGAGAAGACAGGGGCAGAAGCGGUAUCGCUGCCUUUUUCUCUCCAGAGGAAACCCACGAUCAAGGCCAGCUCCGGAGCAGGGCCGGUGAUGCUUGCUAAUGCCACGUUGAAAUUCCUUCAGAGUUUUUCCAAAAAGUCCAGUCAACAAGCAAUUUCCCCCAAGUCUGCUGGAAACACGGGAAACAGGCCUCCAAGGGAAACGCACCUCAGCAGACUGGACAGCAGUGGAAAUCAAAGAACCAGCUAUCAAAAACCCAGUUUUGAAACAGCUAGAGGAAAGAACUGGUGCGCUUAUGUACAUACCAGGUUGUCCCCGACCGUGAUACUGGACACUCAGGGCUCUUAUGUACCACAUGCAAGAGGAUCCUGUGGCUGGCCCAGUGGACGCUGUUCACAGAGAUCUCAGAAGACCUCCAAUGCUGUCUAUAGGAUGCAGCAUAAGAUUGUCACCUCAUUAGAAUGGAGAUGCUGUCCUGGAUACAUAGGGCCAAACUGCCAGAUCAAAGCUGAAGAACAGCAACAACUGGCACACAGUAACCAGGCUGAAAGUCACACAGCUGUUGACCAAGGAACAGCCCAGCAACAGAAGCAAGACUGUGGCGACCCAGGUGUGACUCAAAAAAUGGCAGAGCAAAUGAGCCAGCAGGAGAGGAAGCUUUUGCUUCUGCAGAAGAAGAUUGACAAUGUGUCUCUGGCUGCGGAUGACAUGAAGAAUGCAUAUCUCUCCCUAGAAGAGAAACUCAAUGGAGACAAUGGCAGAGACUUUCAGUCUAUUCUAAAAGCUCUAAAAUCAAAAAGCAUCAAUGAUCUGCUAAGGAAUAUAGUAAAAGAACAGUUGAAAGUCUUCCAAGAUGACAUACAGGAGACCACUGCCCAGCUCUUCAAGACUGUGUCAAGUCUAUCAGAGGACCUGGAAAGUACCAGGCAGGCAGUUCUACAAGUGAACCAGUCCUUAGUUUCGGUAACGGCACAGCAAAAGUCUGCAUUCAUGCAAGAAAACCAGCCCACAUGGAAGGACAUCACUGAUCUAAAGGACAGCAUCACAAACAUCAGGCAGGAAAUGACCUUGACCUGCGAGAAACAUGUUAAGGAGCUGGAAGCAAAGCAAGCUCGUUUGGAAGGAGCUCUAGAACAGGAGCACUCACAGCUUGUUCGGUACGACCAAUCCCUCAAUGAAACUCUCUCUAAAAUGCAGGAAGCACAUACUCAGCUCUUAUCAGUUCAACAAGCAUCAGGAACAGGGAAUGUUGUCACCGAGGAACUGGGCAGCAGUAAUGUCACUAAGUAUAUAUCUGUGCUACAUGAGACAGCAAGCAAGCAAGGUCUGAUGCUGCUGCAGAUACUCAGUGAUUUGCACGUCCAAGAGAGCAAGCUCAGCAACCUCACCAUCCUUUUGGAGAUGGAGAAAGAAUCAGUCAGGGGAGAAUGUGAAGAGAUGCUAUCUAAAUGCAGACAUGACUUUAAAUUUCAGCUUAAGGACACAGAGGAGAAUCUGCAUGUGUUAAACCAAACGAUGGCUGAGGUCAUCUUUCCCAUGGACCUAAAGGUGGAUAAAAUCAGCGAGCAGCUAAAUGACCUGACAUAUGACAUGGAGAUCCUCCAGCCUUUGCUAGAGCAGAGGUCAUCACUUCGACAGCAGGCUACACAGGAGCCAAAGGGGUCCACAGUUACCCGCAGAGAGAUGCAAAGCCUGAUUGUCGCCAUCAACCGCCUGAAUGUUCUUACCAAAGAACUUACAAAAAGACAUAACUUACUCAGGAAUGAAGUGCAGAGCCAGGACGAAGCCUUUGAAAGACGCAUCAGUGACCACGCUUUGGAAACAGAAGAUGCCCUAAAUAAGACAAUGACUGUUAUAAACAAUGCCAUCGAUUUUGUUCAAGAUAACUACGUGCAAAAGGAGACUUUAAGUGCAAUGACGUAUAAUCCCAAGGUUCAUGAGUGUAACCAAAAUAUGGACACCAUUUUGACAUUUAUUUCUGAGUUCCAGCACUUGAAUGAUUCUAUUCAGACUUUGGUAAAUGACAAUCAGAAGUAUAAUUUUGCUUUGCAAGUUGCUAAAGCCCUUACAGCUGUUCCUAAAGAUGAGAAACUAAGUCAGUUAAACUUUCAAAAGAUUUUUCAAAUCUUUAAUGAAACCAUUUCCCAGGUGAGCAAAUGGCAGCAAAAUAUGAGUUACUUAGAAAAAAAUAUACUCUCAAUAACAAAAAGUGCCAAAGAGUUUGAAACCAGAUUACAAGGUGUUGAAUCCAAAGUGACCAACACACUCAUACCUUACUAUGUCUCAUUUAAAAAAGGUGGCAUGGCAUCAAAUGAAAGAGAUACUAAUCUUCAGCUGAAGGUAUUAAAUUCCAGAUUUAAGGCACUGGAAGCAAAAUCCAUCCAUCUCUCAGUGAGUUUCUCUUUGCUUAACAAAACUGUCCGUGAGCUUUCAAUGGCAUGCCAUAAUGCUUCUAUAAGUGCCUAUGGACAGAAUGCUCCCAUACCCAUGUGGACCAAAGGUCCCCUGAAAGAGGGACAGAGUUCUCAGAAAUAUCUGGCCGAACUUGUAGAAUCAAUAGUAGAAGUAAAAACUCAAGCCGCCCUAUCUAAUUUAACUUGGAAUGUUGACCGCUUGUUGUCUGAUAGUCUGGCAAAUAUUGCCAAGGCUCAGAAGCAGGUAAAACUGCAGAAGAAACCCAACACACUUAAGAAAGCAGUGAACAUGACAACCAUCCUGAUAGGCCGGACACAACGGAACACGGACAGCAUUACACUCUCUGGGGCACAGGAACAUUCUAGCUGCAGCAGCUUCCCCUGCCAGAAUGGGGGCACGUGCAUCAGUGGGGUAACCAGCUUCACCUGCGCCUGCCGACACCCCUUCAUGGGGGACACUUGCACUGUGAAGAUGGAGGAUGAAAAUGCCAUAGCACCAGAUUUUUCCAAAGGAUCUUACAGAUAUGCUCCGAUGGUGGCGUUUUUCGUAUCUCACACUCACGGAAUGACAGCACCGGGUCCUAUCCUGUUUAACGAUCUAGGUGUCAACUAUGGGGCCUCCUAUAACCCAAGCACUGGCAAGUUCAGAAUUCCGUACCUUGGAGUGUACAUAUUCAAAUACACCAUUGAGUCAUUCAGUCCUCAUAUCUCGGGGUUUUUAGUGGUUGAUGGAGUAGACAAGCUUAGAUUUGAGUCUGAAAAUACUGACAAUGAAAUACACUGUGAUAGAGUUUUGACCGGGGAUGCCUUAUUUGAACUAAAUUAUGGGCAGGAAGUGUGGCUGCGUCUUGUAAAAGGGACAAUUCCAAUCAAAUAUCCCCCUGUGACCACAUUUAGUGGUUACUUGUUAUACCGCACCUAAGUAUGGCCGAGAGAGACACUGUCAACUCCUCUCCAAUG